GGUGGAGAGCGAGGUACGUUGGAUCCGUGUGGGGCUCCAGUGGAAAGGGAGUAGCCGUGGUUGGCGGUGGUGUUGGGGAGAGGGGAUGUGAACGAAAAAAAAAAAAAAAAAAAGGGAAAAAAGAAACGCGGCGCUUCGGCUCCGUGGUGUUGACGCGCGGCCGCCGGUCCAAGAGUUUACGUGAAAAAGAUGGCCGCCGACGUUACCUUCUUCGUCGGCGAAGAGUUCACCUCGUUCACCGAGCUGCACCGGCGCAUACAGACGUUCCAGCUGCGCAACUCGGUGCAGCUCUACAUUCGCAGCUCGCGCAAGAUCCAGGCGGCCCAAGUGCGCUCCACGGACGGCUACAACCCCGAGCUCAAGUUUGCCGAGAUCUACUACGCCUGCGUUCGAGGCGGCCGCAAGUUUCAGACUCGAGCGAACGCCAGCAGCAACACCAACGCCCGACACUACGGCCGGGCCGAACAGUCGAGUUCACGCCAGAUCAACUGCCCGUUUCACAUAAAGAUACGCUGCACAAGGGACGGCCAGAAGCUUUACAUUAAGGACUUCAACUCUUCUCAUAAUCAUGGGACGACUGAGCAAGACGCUGUUCUGUCACGGAGCCGCACCCGCCACUACUGGCCAAACAGCGGGAGGCAGUCCAACACGCCACCACCGGCAUCAACGUCGCAGGCAACGUAUUCCACCAUGUCCAAGCCAAAAGCCAGCGUCAUCACAACCAUCGCCUCCAAGGACGGUCAGCGGCAGGUGACGGUCCCGUUGUCCUCAGACGGUACGCUCCCCAAGGAUCCCGUCCUUUUCCAGCUACUCAGUUCCCCGCAGCCAUCAUCCUUAACCUUCCAGAACCUCCUCUUCGUGCCAAAGAACAGUGCUGCCGGUAACAGCGUCCCGAGCCCGCACCCUGCCAUUGUCUUCCAGCCCGGCGCCAACCUCAGCCGGGCAAACAAUGCCGCAUCUGUUGUAAAAGAAGAGCCGACAGACAGCGACGACUGCGACGUCUAUAUCGAGCCCGAAUGUAUCUUGCAGUACGAUGAAGACAAGUGCUUUGAACUGUGCACCACUGACACUAAAGACGGUGCCUGCGGUCCGAACCUGAGGCUCGCCGCCACCGGCCCCAACACCGGACCCAAUUCCGAUUGGAAACUGGGUCACAGGUGCAGUUCACACAGCACGUCCAACGGAGGGACGAAUUCUGGCGUGGUUCUGCAAGCGCUCAAGGCAGUGUUGAACGGCGAGCGUAAUAACACCGCCACGGAGAAACCCAGCAGCGACGGAGAGCCGGUCGCGGAACGUUACGUGGUCGGCCGCUCGGACAUCGAGGCGCUGACUCGUUUCUGCAGCCACUGCGGCGCAAAAUCCCUGGAAAUGAGGAGUGAGAACCAGAAAGACGGGUCGCUCCUGGUCGCAUCCAUCUGCAAGAGCGGGCAUCAGAUUGAAUGGAGGUUUCAACGUCUAUAGCCGUGUCCUAGGGUGUUCGUACACCGUCUGGCCUCUUUUCUAUGAUACGCAUCCAAUUCUCAUGGACCCAAGUGUGUUUUCACAAUUUUUUGUGACACUUUUGUGUGUAAAAAGGAAGCAUGAUGCGAGAAACAGUGCCCACCCGCUAGUCAGCCCUUGUGUUUGUCGUCUGCCUCGUCGCUAUUUUUUCCUUAAGGUAGCUGAGCUGUUGGGUGUAUAACUACCACAUCUGGUCGCAUUUGGUUGUGUAGGUGGACUUGCUUAACGCAUCUCUCUCAAGUUAGUAUGAAGAGCACUAUUUCUGUCAUGUCAUCAUCAUAAAUUCUGAGUUGCGUGGCACUCGUAUGGCGAGUUUAAUUUCCCAUGUUGUGUCAGUUGCUAAGGCUAAUUUAUACACGUAGUUACUGUGUGUCUCGUAGUGUUGUGUUUUUUUAAUUUACACAAUGAAUGGUGAGUGGAAGGCAGUUGUUCGUUUCAUUUCUAAAUGGUGAGACUCAGUGCAUGCACUUCAUUGGUAACAACGGAUGCGAGGGUUUCUAAUUUUGAUGAGACUGGCUUUUUGACAGACAUUUCCCAAGCCUAGCCUAAAUCUCGGGCCUAGCAUCGCGGUCGCUUUCAACUUCCUUUCCAUGAUUUUGAUAUGGUGUUUCACAGCUGCUCAAAGGCAACUCCUAAAGCUCUAGAACAAUGCUUACCGGGUUCUUAUUACAGGUUAUUAUCAGGUCACGUGAAUGGCAACAUCAUCAUUAGUAUUUGCAUAUUUAUUUUGUUGUCACUAUCAUGCCUCUCUCAUCUCUCAGCUCACCGGAGGCAAGCUUCAAGCGCAAAACGGCAGUGUCUUUGAUUAGCAAUAGCACAUUGGAACCAGCGGUCACAGAAGCGCACAUUUCUUUGAUACAGCACAUACCUUCAUCUGCCAUUCAUCUGCCUUUGCCAUUGCGUCUAAAGAAUUCUUAUCACUUGAUUAUUUAUUUCUUCAUCAUCAAUGUUAAUUUUGUAUUCCCAAAGCGAUUCAAGAAGACAUUUCAUAGCCAAGAUUUCACACAUUUUUUAUCGCUACUGGGUGUAUAGAGCAUCUGUACCAGAUGCCUGUGAUUUAUAUGAGUGUGUCAUGCUUGUGACGCCCUCUUGAAAUGCAUUUCUUUUGCGUUGUCAUGUGAUAAGCUUGCUGCCUUUUAGUUUACCUGCUUGACUCACCGUGUCAGUAGCGGUAUCGGUGCCACUCUUGAGUCACCCGGCCAAUAACUAUAGUCAUCUUGCGUCACAUUUUUUGUUGCUUGUUACCGAAUUGUUACCGUUCGUUAUGUCUCUUGUUUUACUUAUAUUGUACACAGAAAUAAGUUUGCCUUGGCAACUGUGUUCUAUAAUUCAAAAGAAGUUAUGCAGGUUCAACGCCUAUGUUCAAGCCUAUGUGAAGUGAAGCCUUUCGCGAACCGGCUCUCUCGAGUGCACAUGCUACACGACCUUGACGCAGGCGCCAGUCGUCUUGAAGCGCCACUUGGUGUCGCCACAAAAGAAGCACGCCGAGCGAGAUUGUGGCCUGAUGGUUAGAGCAUCUUGCUGUUGUGCUGGGAGAGCAAGGUUCAACGUAAUUCUUGUAUUUUCUGCAUGAGGAUUAUUUGGCAAGACAGCAGCAAAUUAAGAGCUGUUCCUAAUUACUGCAUGUCACUGUGUGUGCGACUGCAUGUUUGAGUUAAACUGGUCAGAAAAAGAGAGUGCUUCAAAACUAUUGUGCGCUUUAAGUUCAACAAAAAGAAUCAACAUUGAGUUGUCGGGCACUUUAUGGGGUUGCCAGGGCGUUCGCUGUGCCCAGACUGCAAUUUUUGCUCACAAUUGUUGAAGAUCGAUACCUUCCGUCGGCAAUUAAUAUUCAUGCUACUAACAUUUUAUUGCAUGCUGCCGUGGCCAGAAAAAAAAAAACAACGGGUCCAACUAAUCUGCGUCCGAAAAUUGGCUUGGGCUGAUUCACGUUGGUUUAAGCGAUGCUACUAGGCAUACCCAAGUGACAAUAUUUUUUUUUACUGGUGAGGCCGCAUCAUGCAUCAGUGUUCAUUAAAAUUAAUACUGUUUUUUAAUUGCCUACACUGUAAUAUUGCUUGAACAAAUUUGUUACAUUGAAAGGAUUCCGGAAGUUCGCAAGCUGUACGCAGCUUCUGUCACUUUCCAGUUGUUUGACUUGCCUCUAUGAUUUCUUUUUAAAAACCAAAACGUUUAAGCCUGUCUCCUGCAAGUUAUUUUCCAGCAUUGACAGCUGUUUCCUUAGAUCUCCGUGUAUCAUUCCUUGCAAAGGCUUGCUUGCAAUGCAGAGGCUUCCUUGUCUUUAACGAUAAACUGUGUUAGUUGAUAUUCGUUUUUUAUCAGCACUGCAUGAACAAAGAUGAAAGGUAGCUGACCGGUUAGGUGUGUCUUUUAUUAACCUUUGUUCCCAAAGUAUUCAUAAGGAUAUGGAUGUGUCUUCCUCUUGGCACGAUUCUUCAAUAAUUGUAACUACUUUAUGACAUUUCUGCAUUCACUGUAACUUACUAAAGUGGACAUUGGGAGCAGUUGUGAGCACCUGACACGCCUACAACCUCUUGCAUAGCUACUACGCAGACAUGGUGCACGGUGAAUUUUCAUGAAUGUGAGAACAAAAUUGAGGAAAAUGAUCAUCAAAUGUGCUUGCAUUUGGUUUCCCAGCAUUUUGGAGCUGUCAGAGGGUUCUAUCUUUUUCUCCAAGCCAAGCCAUAGGUGUGUUCAUUUCCAUGCUUGAAAUACUUUACCUUAAUAAUGUGCGCAUUGACUUUUCAAGAGCAUUUGCAGUACAGUAAUGUGUUGGAAGGUUUCCCCACUUUCUGGGGGGGGGGUCUGCCACUGGUGCGAAGCUUUUUUCGGGGUCCUUUCACUGCAAGGCUAUUCCUAAGCAAAAUGUAUGUUAGGAAUUGACCAGACCUCGCGUACAGUUGACCUCCAAAUGCCUUUGCAUGAAGUUUAAUCAUUACGCAAAUAUUCUUGAAUUCCUUAGGUUGAUUUCAGGUGUCUCACUUCUGCUUCGCAAUGCGCACUUCUCUAUCCACAGUUGUUACGUUAAUAUUAAAGUAAAGCUUUUUGCCUUUUCUUUUUCUUUGUUGGUGCGAGUAGCCCCGCACUAGUGAGAGCAGGGUUGACAACUGCGCCACAUGUUUGCCAUCUUGUCUUCUCUGAUUGGCUCACGUGGUUGCUACAGCUUCUCUGAUUGGUUCAAAAUCGCAAGAUGUACGUCUGGCUUUGCUCGACACAAAUGCCUAUGUUGCCACUGCAGUCAUUGGUUAAAGUGCAACCAGCAUUGGUGGAAGGCCGUGCAGUACCCCGGAAGAUGUUGCGAUGUCGGCGAGAGCAAAUGAAUUUUAGUGCACACACGGCACGGGACGAAAAAAUUUGCAUCACGGAGGAGACAGUUUCUCAUUAACGUUGGGCUUAAGCAUGUGUUAACAGAUAAAGAGAAUGAAGUCCAGAAGAAGCUGGCGAGCGGAGAAGAGAAGGAUUAGUUAAGCCGCAUCCCCGAUUGGUUUUGGUCACUAUCGCAUUGCAUGUUUCAGUGUCAACACACUUCGAAAUGUUAUCGCAACACAAAAGCGAGCAUAUGCAUAAGCACAGUGGAACAAAGCUUCACAUCACAUAGGUGCCACCAGUGCGUUGGGUCUGCAGAACUUUUUAUUGUUACUUUUUGUUAAUGAAGUGUUUCGUACUUGAUGAAUGGACUCGGCGAAGCUUGAAUGAAAUACACCAGUAGAGUGUGUGCAAUGUUGCAUCUGGUUGACCACGUUUCACGUGUUUUUCGUUUCGUGUGGAGCAGAAAUGAGCUGUUCAGAGUGUGCCCCUUGAAUUUUUGGUUGAUCGCUGCAUAGGCCACAGUUAUUUCGUAGAUUGAUUAAAAAUGCCAGUGGUCUGUAAAGUUAAUUGGCCAGAGAUAGCCUACUUAAGAACAUCUGAGUGAAGAAAUGUUGCGUGGGAAUACUUUAGAGGCUUGUUCUUGGGGCUGGAAUUGAAACUUCUGUGUGGUGUCAUGGUGGACAGUAGUGUAGCAUCGUAUGCAGUUUCGACUGCAUCUAAGCAGCUUCUGGCUAAUCAUUUGAUCUCUCUUCUAUUUUCUUUUAAUUCGAGGUGGUCUGCCUGAAGGCGUAUGAAUAAAAAAACACACACAAGAUGCUAUGAGGCAGCCUCACGUUAUCAAACAUCACUCGAGUACACAUUACACUGAUUCCCUGAGUGUCAUUAAACAGCUAAAAUGAGUCAGUAAAGAAGUUCUGUUAAUCUGUCAGGAGAUACACAAGCCUAAUAAUGUUGACCUACACGGGGUACUAGGACGCAGCUCUGACCCUUUCAAUGCCAUGACAGGUAAUAAUGCACACAUCAACACAAAGAACACAAAUCUGCCGACACUUCUUGUACCAGAAUCAUUUUCCCUUCUUUUAGCCCAGAAAGAAAUUACUUCUGACAUGACAUAUACGCUCUUAUUCCCCCGUGUGCCUGUUCCAUACCCUACAAACUUCAUUAGAUCUGGUUCAGAGGAACUUAAAUGUGUGAACUAACUGUCUUCACAGAUGCCCUGCAAGUUCUCUACCUCGGUUCCUCCCCCUUUUUUUUUUUUUUUUAAUGUUGAAACCUUGUGUUUGAAGUGGCUUGAGCAUUGAUGUUUACCCUAUCAUCGUCUUUCUCUCUUUCUCUUCAUUCUAUUCUUUCUUCCAGAACUUGUUGAAACAAUUCUAGCCCGAAAAUUCAUGCCAUGUGUCAUAAGAUGCUCCGAGCUAUGCAACACCCAUUGUUUGACACACCCAACGUCCAUUACGUACAAGUGCCGAAGAGAUUGAAAUCUAAAGAAUUAUGAACCGAAAUGCUCAACACUAUACAAACACACACCGGGCACAUAAUUUAUUCUCCACGCGUUCCUUUCUUGCCUGUCUUGCAGUGUGUGGCACAAGAGACCUUUUCGUCAUUGUUAGGCUAGAUUUCCCGCGAGGCAGUUUGCCGAGCUGACGGCAGCCAUAGCCAGGGUUUAGAUUAUUCUUCGCAUUCGCAGACGGAGUGUGUUUGUGAGGUGGAAAAUAUCCACGCCGCUCCGAUAAUGAAAUCGUGCGCAGCAUCAGAGUGCCAGCUUGCACAAUUUUCCGUUCGUCCGCACUUGGACGAUGACCCCAGCGGCCAUAGCUUGGGCAGUGUGGUGAAGCACAUUUGCAAGUCGCAGUAGAGGCUCUGUUAUGAGUAUGAUAGACCAAGAUUUGGGACAAUACUGGUGAUCAGCUUCAUUGUCGAUUCUCACUGAUGCGACCUGUGCCCAACUGACUACCCAUCAUUUUGUCUUUUACUUUAAUAACAGCAUGUCCUUUAACACUCCAGUUGCAAUCAUGAGGCAUUGUAUUACACCACUGGCACAAAUUAAUGCAAAGACAAGAGGCAAACAGGGCCAAUGCUUCUUUCUUGUCUUCGUGCUUAUGUGUUCGCUUAUCUAAUACAGUUGAAACUUGAUAUAAAGAAUUAUUGCAUGUAACAAAAUAAGUUUGAUAUUUGGCUGGUCAUGCUCUAUUUUGAUGAGCAUUCUACUGCCAUAAUGAAACCAAAAAUACGAGAUCUGAGACAUACUGGCUACAACGAAGUGAAUAUUUCUUCACUCGGCGGCUGAAGAUAUGUAUUCUGGUAGCAAAAAUGUCAAAUACUCGGCAAGCGCAACUUGGAAAGCUGGCAAGCCAAUGUGCCGAUUCUAAGUGAUCGAACAAAUCACGUAUGCUGCGAAAAUCAACAGGAGACCCUUUGCUGACCUGUCGGAGGCAUCACGCUUGCAUUUCUUUCGCCCGAUCAUGAGUUGUUUUUCGCUGCUAUUGUUUCAUGAAUUGUUUUAGUGAAUUGUUUUUGUGGAUGCAUAUAACAAAUAUAGUAUAUGACAAAAGUAUUUCUGUGUUUGGGGUGAGACUUUGUUACAAUGAAGUUUGGCUGUAAUUUCAUUCUUUUCUAGCUUACCUGGUGAGCGCUUUACUCCAAUGUGGUGUCAUGCUAUCAUCUCUUGGAGAUGACUUGCCUGUGCUUUUGUAUGAUUUGGCUUAGUUGUAUGGCUUAGUUGGUUAACUAAGUUGGCCGACACGUUGACUGGAAAACUAAGCGCAAAUAAAUUAGUCAGACUCGUGGAACAGACGAGGACAAGCGCUGUAUGAUUUGCUUGGACUGUGUGUAGCAUGCAUGUUUUUUUUUUUUUUGUUUACUGUUUAUUUACAAAUAUUUCGUCAGUGGUUAUGCUUGUGUUUCUUGCUUAUUAUUAUAGCAUGGCUGCAGCUUUUAACAUACCGCUCUGCUUUCACAAGCAUGCAAUGCUGACCUUGUAAAAAAAAAACAUGCGCACUUUGCAGCCGUACGAAAGAGGGUACACCUUUAAUCUGUGUUCAAGCAGCGAUUCUUGCAAACUUGUUUGAACCUUACUCACUGCUGUUUACUGCAGUAUAACUCUUGUGUUGAUGAAUCGUGGUCAUGGAACUUUGUUUAUUUCAGUGUAUACCCAAGGAAAGAAAAACAGCUUCAAAUGCAAAUCUGGCAUUUUCUUACUCUCCUGACACACUGUGUGCCUACCAUACCUACAUAGGUGUAGGUCAGCCCACUUUGUCAAAUAGUGGAGGCUGAAGUAAGGGUGUCGACUCACUUACUUGUGUUGCGUCAACUUUAUAUUUAUUUCUUAGGUUUUUACAUCUGUUAAACAGCAUGAGUUGAGUGACCUAUCUAUAAUCAGCUCAACUUCCGCUCCUAAACUGCAGUGUACUUGCCUGAGGCACUGCCUGUCAUGUUUAAGUUGUUCGAGCACAAAUGUGUAAUUUGCAAUGAUCAUUGGUUGUUAGUUCGCUUAUGUUCUCUGCUGAAUGUUGUACAAGUAAAGGAGUCGGGCUAAACGACUAGAUUAUGCACAUCAAAUUUUUGCAUGGAGGUAGCAUUUCACCACCGUGUUUUGACACCCUGUUUAGCAUCAAAUGUUGGUGCAUUAGUUUGCUACCUGCUAUGUCCAGCGGUUGCUGCCGGACCAGAAAAAAAAAAAUGCUACCAUGUCAGUGAAAGGAACAGUGGCGCCACCUUUCAUCUCUAGUGCAAAACACGGUGUACUCCUUGUCUUGCUGGAACAGUGGCAGAGGGCAUCACCGUUUCAUAGCUGAUAAAAUCGAGCAACUUUGGUUUGGAAUUGCCUUAGAUGACAGAUAUACAUCCAAUUUAUUUUAAAAUUAAGCGAUUAUUGCACCCAAACACAAUUUCUUAAACAAAAUGCACCAGAAAAUGCUGCCUCUGUGCAAACUUUAGCCACAUAUGAGCCAGAAUUUUGAGCUGGAAGAGCUGUUUAUGUCCAUCUUCCAAUAUUUGUGCAAGAUUCGAUAUGUUAUGUUGUAAUUUGGUAGUCUGCAGUUAUCUGUGCUGCUGUGUUAUGCCUUGAGUAGGUUAUCGUCAUCUAGCAAACCAAAAACAAUUGUAAUGUUUAUUUUAGAGUAUUCUGGACACUUUGCGACUCAAAGUAAAAAUGGGCACAAUAAAAAAAAGACAUUUGUAUAAUCGGUAGCUAUCAUUCACAGCACUGCACUUGUAUAAGUGCCGUAUGCAACUGGCUGUGGCAGUUGCCUUGUUAUCACGGUGAUCGCUAUCAUGAUUGGCAGGCACCCGAACACCAGCCGACAAGAAAUGCUGUUAGAUAAUUGUUUUUUUUUUUUAAUAUAGGCCCAGAUCUCCAAUGUGAUUGCCCCAAUUGAGUACAGACUUCUAAUAUAUAUGCAGUCUACUGAAGUGCUCAAAUUUUAUACGUGAAGCAAUGCUUUGUGUUGUCUACACUGUAAUUCUUUGUGAUAAGUUUUUCUUUUAUUUUAACUAAUACUCAUAAUGAUGCGGAUGAAAGCAUGUUUGGCUAAUUCGCAUAAUUUAAGUAUUUCACGCUACCAUCCCGAGGAAAGCUUGGCAGACCUUUUGUUUAAUUUUUAACUUUGUGUCUCGCCGUUUUUGUGAGAGCUAGGCUUUCAAUUGGGUGUGUUUGCGUGAUUAUGUCUCGGUGUGCUGUUCACACCCAACACUCAUUCUAGGAUUCUGUGUGAUUUAUUUAAGGCCUCUUUAAAGGUUGUGGUCCUCUAGUCACCCAAAGGAUGCUCUUGCAUCAAAAAUAUGGCUGUCUCUGGUCACACAUGUUGUGCAAUGCUUUUACUUUACAUUGGCACAUACGUUCGAGUCAUGCGACGAGUUGCCUGGUCUUUAAAUGUCUGAUGGAAUGUAUUGAUCUUUCAGACCUGUAUAGUUCGACCUGCCCUUGCUAGAAACCCUGAACUACCUGGUUUUGCGUGAUUUUCUGGUAGCUAGAUAGUUCCUCAUUGAGUUAUACAUGUAUUUUGUGCUUGCCGUUUCAUUCUGCCACGUCAAAUAGUUUACGAAUGCUUGGUUCACAUUCUUAAUUUGACUCAGUCAAGCAAACUUUUGCAGUAUCAUGUCUAUUUAAAGAUCGGCUGCCAGUUAUGUGGUCCUUAUUAAGUGACACCAGAUUUUGCUAUUUAACACGUCUAGCCGGGCCAAAUAGAACAUGCAAAUACUGUAGUCCACUAAUAUUACAUCACUCAUCAGUAAACCUUUGGACCUGGCAGCCAGACCCAAAGGCAGUCGCCUUAUGAGGGCUAACUAAUCCGUAGACAGACUCUGGCUAAGGAUUAGUUAGCCCUCGUAACGUGGCAACACGUUAUAAGCACUUGCAUUUUUGCUUCAUACAUGCAUGUAAAGAAGAAUGUGCAGGCUUCAAUUUGACAUGAUCCAACAUUGACUCUUUUUUGUCUGUCAGGCCUGUCCCAAGCAUCAUCUAGUCCUUAUAUGCUUAAGUACAGUUGCAAUUUUAUUGUGUGCCAUAUGUCGUGCAAUUUCUUUAGGAGCAGACGUACGCUUUUGUCUCGGCAGCUGUGCAGAACAUUGAGUGGGGAACUGUAUCGUGCCAUAAAUGUUCAGACACUGCAUGGAAUAAUUGACAGUUUGUGAAAUUUUUUUUUUAUGUUGGCUUCCCUCGCAAAGCUUUACUCUAACCUCUGCCCUACCCAAAAUACUUUCACUGACAGAUCUGGUUGUCACAUUUAUAGGUAAGAGUUGAAGGCUUGACAUUUUUCUCCAUAAGCUGUUUGUUAGUUACAAAUUCUUGGGAUCUUUAUAGAGGUUGGCUUCUUGAAUGAAAAACUGAUCUACUGGACGGGAGUUGUUAGGAGAAAGCAGUGAGGGGAAGCUGACUUCCAGAGUUUUGCAAAUCUUCAUGCUGGCGAGUAAAAAAAAAAAAUGCGCAGUGGGUGUGUUGCCCUGGAAAACCCAAUGUAUGCCAUGCCAAAACCUUCUCGUACCAAAGUUUGCGUAGUUUCAUGUGUCGCUAUCCUUGUUUCAAUGUAUUUUUUAUGUAUGGAUGUGUGUGUUGUGAGAGUCUGCAAAUUUAUGCAGAUAUUGCCUGACCGAGUCGUAAAAAAAAGAGAAAAAUAAAGCACUUUUAAACCCGCA